AUGCCAUUCAUGGUGAGAGAUGGGAUCGUGCUGGGACAUAGGAUUUCGGAGAAGGGAUCGAGGUUCUACAGGCGAUUCAUCAAGGACUUCUCCAAGAUCACCAGACCUUUGACGCUGCUGUUGUGUAAGGAGGUCAAGUUCGACUUUGACAGUACAUGCUUGGAGGCCUUUCACACGAUCAAGGGAGCUCUGGUGAGUGCUCCAAUUGUCCAACCUCCUGACUGGAGCCUUCCUUUCGAGGUGAUGACAGAUGCUAGUGACUAUGCUGUCGGAGCGGUUCUGGGCCAGAGAAAGGAGAAGAAGCUGCACGUGAUCUACUACGCCAGUCGCACACUUGAUGAAGCUCAGUGCAAGUACGCUACGACUGAGAAGGAACUAUUGGCGGUGGUGUUUGCAUUUGAGAAGUUUCGGUCCUAUCUUGUUGGAUCGAAGGUGAUUGUCCACACUGAUCACGCUGCCUUGAAGUACUUGCUGACGAAGAAGGAUGCGAAGCCGAGACUCUUGAGAUGGAUUCUUUUGCUUCAGGAGUUCGAUCUGGAGAUCAAGGAUAAGAAAGGGAUUGACAAUGGUGUAGCUGAUCACCUGUCAAGGAUGAAGAUCGAUGAUGACGUCCCUCUAGACGACAGCUUACCUGAUGAGCACGUCUACGCUGUUGAGAAGAAGAAGUUCUUGAGAGACAUCCGUCGCUAUUUCUGGGAUGAGCCAUACCUGUACAAGCACUGCACCGAUGGAGUCUACAGGAGAUGUGUAGCUGAUGAGGAGAUACCUGGGAUCUUGUUCCACUGUCAUAGCUCGUCUUAUGCUGGACACUUCGCGACGUACAAGACUGUAUCCAAGGCGCUGCAAGCUGGCUACUGGUGGCCCACCAUGUUCCGAGAUGCUCACAGAUUCGUGUCUAAGUGUGAUGUGUGCCAGAGACAGGGGAACAUCAGUAAGAGAAACGAGAUGCCACAGAACUUCAUUCUGGAAGUAGAGGUUUUCGACGUGUGGGGAGUUGACUUCAUGGGACCCUUCCCAUCUUCCUAUGGAAACCUGUACAUUUUGGUGGCUGUCGACUAUGUAUCUAAGUGGGUAGAGGCUUUGGCCAGUCCCACUAAUGAUGCAAAGGUCGUGAUGAAGAUGUUCAAGUCGGUGAUCUUCCCUCGAUUUGGUGUGCCGAGAGUUGUUAUCAGUGAUGGAGGUUCCCAUUUCAUCAAUAGGACCUUCGAUAAUAUGUUGAAGAGGCACGGGGUGAAGCACAAGGUGGCGACUCCUUAUCAUCCCCAGACGAGUGGCCAAGUCGAGCUAUCUAACAGAGAGAUCAAGAACAUCCUUCAGAAGACUGCAGGCACGACUGGGAAGGACUGGGCUGCAAAGUUGGAUGAUGCACUCUGGGCCUAUCGAACUGCCUACAAGACUCCUAUUGGUACGACACCUUUCAACUUGGUCUAUGGCAAGGCUUGUCACCUGCCUGUGGAGUUAGAGUACAAGGCUGCGUGGGCAGUGAAGCAGAUGAACUAUGACAUGAAGUCUGCGGCAGAGAGGAGGAACAUGCAGUUGGUCGAGCUUGACGAGAUUAGGCACCUGGCCUAUGACAGUUCGAAGAUCUACAAGGAGCGGACUAAAGCUUACCAUGACAAGAAGAUCCUGAAAAGGAACUUUUCCCAAGGAGAUCAAGUCCUGCUGUUUAACUCCAGGCUGAAGUUGUUUCCUGGAAAGCUGAAAUCAAGGUGGUCUGGGCCCUUCGUCAUCAAGGAAGUCAGACCAUAUGGAGCUUUUGAGCUAUGGGACAAGUCUGGUGGACACUUCGUGGUGAACGGUCAACGCCUCAAGCCAUACCUUGCUGAUACCGACAUCACAGAGAGGGAAUCUGUUCCUCUCAGUGAUCCAUCUCCUGCCUAA